UUAACAGUCAAAUAUAGUGUUGUUCAGUAGAAGAUGAACAACACCAGCAGCAUAAACAUACUGUAGGCUGAGCUGAAUCAACUUCUCUCUGACAUAAAAAAUAACACUCUUCUUUACAAAGUAUUGUUGCAGGGCUUUAGAAUUGGGUUGCAGAAGAGUGCACGAAUCUUCGUGAUACUUUGUCCACCCCCUUGUACCUGCUUGUCCUGAGGCAUCUCACGGCAUUAAACACAAACACGCCGCAUGAACCUAAUUCUCUCCUAAAUCUGUUUACAUUAUCACCUGAAUGAACUGUGACACUAAUUACUAAUUCACUUUCUGCAAAAUGUCGGCAUUGUGCGUGCAUCAAAUUUCCUUCAGAUCACUCUUCUUUGCAGGUCUAAUGAGUCAUGACAUUAACAGAGCCUAAAGCCCUCCUCCCACGCUCCUCCAGCCCACUCCUCUCUUUAUAAGAGGCGCUCCGCUGCUCAAGUCUUCAGAGCAGCAGGCGCACAGUCAGCGCAGCUCUCUCCUGCUGCUUCGGAGGCACUGGAGUAGCUUUUCUCACAUUUUCUUGGAUUUACCUUCAUCUCGCCAAGAUGAGACUUAUUUUCGUUGUUGUUGCGGUUGCGGCUUUGCUGACAGAAAAUCUAGCGCUUCCAGUGGGAAAAGAAGGACAGAGAGAAGAUGUGGUAACACGCUGUUUGGUUGAAGUCCUGUCCAAAGCUCUCUCCAAACCGGACUCCCAGCUGGAUCAGGAAUGCAAAGACAUUAUCCAAGCAGGGGUUAAACAUGCCCCGCUGGACAAGAAGAGUGAAGAAGGGAUAGUAACUCAUGGCGAAGUGGCCAAAGGUCAUCCCCAAGAGCCUGAGGAAAAGGGAGCAGACGUGAAAGACAUCGAGGCUCUCCUGAAAUCCGUGGAGGAAAAAAGAGAAACCCCUGAAGACGAGCGCAGCCAAGAAUCCUGGAGUCUGGGUGAUGAGAAGGAGAAGAGACACGGGAAUGAAGAGGAAGAAGAGCGGGAGAAGAGAAGCAACUGGAGGCCUGGAAGAUACCACCAGAGAAAACAGAAACGUGGCGAAGAAGAAGACAACGAGCGCAGUCAGGAGAGCUGGGGGCUUGAGGAAAAGAGAUCAGAAGAUGAAGGAGAUGAAGAAAGAGAGAAGAGGAAGUGGAGAGCUGGACGAAUCCACCAAAAGAAACAAAAGCGAGAUGAGGAACCCUUAGGAGAUGAGAGGGAGGAGCCAGAAGAAGAACGUAGCCAAGAGUCCUGGGAUGUAGACAAAAGACAUGGUGAUGAGGAUGAGGAAGAGAGAUCUAAGCGCAUUUGGAAGCCCACACAUCGCUACCACCACAAGCUAAGGCUUCACAGACGUGGUGAUGAGCCAUUGGAGGAGGAGGAAGAUGGCGAACGCAGCCAGGAAUCUUGGGCUCUUGACAAGAGGGACUGGAGGGCUGGCAGGUACCACCAGAGGAGACACAAACGUGACGAAGAGCUCUCAGAAGAAGCACGGGAAGAGCCUGAAGAAGAACGAAGCCAGGAAUCAUGGGGACUUGACAAAAGGGAUUGGAGGGCUGGAAGGUUCCACCAGAGGAGACAAAAACGUGAUGACGAGCUCUCAGAAGAAGCACGGGAAGAGCCUGAAGAAGAACGAAGCCAGGAAUCAUGGGGACUUGACAAAAGGGAUUGGAGGGCUGGAAGGUUCCACCAGAGGAGACAAAAACGUGAUGACGAGCUCUCAGAAGAAGCACGGGAAGAGCCUGAAGAAGAACGAAGCCAGGAAUCAUGGGGACUUGACAAAAGGGAUUGGAGGGCUGGAAGGUUCCACCAGAGGAGACACAAACGUGACGAAGAGCUCUCAGAAGAAGCACGGGAAGAAGCCAGGGAAGAACCUGAAGAAGAACGCAGCCAAGAGUACUGGGACUUUGAUACUGGAAGAGAUAAGAGAGAAUGGAGGGCUGGGAGACACCACCAGAGGAGACACAAACGUGGUGAUGAACCAUCAGAGGAGGAGGAAGAUGGCAGUCGCAGCCAGGAAUCAUGGGGACUUGACAAAAGGAACUGGAGGGCUGGCAGGUACCACCAGAGGAGAAACAAACGUGAUGAAGAACUCUCAGAAGAAGCCAGGGAAGAACCUGAAGAAGAACGCAGCCAAGAGUACUGGGACUUCGAUACUGGAAGAGAUAAAAGAGAAUGGAGGACCGGGAGGCACCACCAGAGGAGACACAAACGUGAUGAAGAGCUCUCAGAGGAGGAGAGAGAAGAGCCCGAAGAGGAACGCAGCCAGGAAUCCUGGGGCUUAGACAAAAGACAUGGAAGAGAAGAGGAAGAAAUAGAAAAGCGCAUAUGGAAACCGACACAUCGCUACCACCAUAAAAAGAAAUUUCACAAGCGUGGCGGAGGCUCAUCAGAAGAAGAGGAAGAACAGAGGGGUGAUUCAGAGGAAUAUGAAGAAGCGCCAAAGGACGGAGAUGAAGCAAUGAGGUAUUUGGCUGAGAAACGCAAUCCCUGGAUUUUCAGAGGUUACUACCAUCCUGCCUGGUAUAAAAGGGAUUCAGAUGAGCACACUGCAACCUCAAACAAGAUGGAUGAGCUGGCCAAAUUGCUGAGCUAUAAGAUCAACCAGCUGGCCAACCACUCGAAUCAAGAGGAGCCAAAGAGGAGCAUGCACCAGAGAGCACUUAGCCCGCAGGAGGAGAAAGAGCUGGAAAACCUUGCAGCGAUGGAUGCAGAGUUGCAGAAAAUUGCUGCCAAGUUGCAUGACAACAGUGCAUAAACCAGGAUGGACAGAUUUUCAAGACACUGUCAGUGAAUAGAAGCUGCCGUCUUACUGUAUGUCAGCCAAUUAAGUGUGCUUACAGUCUUGAAAAAAUCUGACAUAAAAAACCCUGGAGCCUUGCCAAAAACAUUUUACCAACUUGUAUAUCAUUGUAUUUGUGAUAUUUUGAUGUUAUCAAAUUAAUCAGCAUGGGAAUGGUUUUGAUGUUUAUAUAUAUAUAUAUA